CUCGUUCAUGCACAUUUCUCUACCAUAUAUUAUAAAUAUACGAAUAUAUGUGUUGAUAAUAUUUAUAUUUCUUCUCUUUCUUCAAAACUAAAAAAAAACUCAGAAGAGAGAUAGAGAGAGACCAAAAAAUGGCGGAUGAAUCUCCAAAGUCUAUCUACGACUUCACCGUCAAGGAUAUCUCAGGUAACGAUGUGAGCUUGAGCCAAUUCAAAGGCAAAACUCUUCUGAUUGUAAACGUUGCCUCCAAAUGUGGUCUGACGGAUGCGAACUACAAGGAACUCAAUGUUCUGUACGAUAAAUACAAGGAACAAGGUUUGGAGAUAUUAGCGUUCCCUUGCAAUCAGUUCUUGGGACAAGAACCAGGAAACAAUGAAGAGAUUCAGCAAACUGUCUGCACAAGGUUCAAAGCUGAAUUCCCCAUCUUUGACAAGGUCGAUGUGAACGGGAAGAACACGGCGCCGUUAUACAAAUACUUGAAAGCAGAGAAAGGAGGUUUACUCAUUGACGCCAUCAAAUGGAACUUCACAAAGUUCUUGGUUUCUCCUGACGGCAAAGUCUCCCAGAGAUAUUCUCCUAGAACCUCUCCUCUUCAAUUCGAGAAAGAUAUUCAAGCAAUGCUGGGACAGGCUUCUUCUUGAAUCAUCCAUCAUCUGAAGUUUCAAGAACGGGUCUUUAUCUAUUUAUUAAACGUUUCUACAUUUGGUCCAAAUGUUUGUUCUUAAGAAUCCAUAACUUUGCAAACUUGUUUUUCUCUUAAUCCGUGUGACCGUGUCUUUAAUAAAAUGUCGUUUCAUUGAUCUGAAAUUAGAAAAG